GUGCAAGUGAGCAAGUGAGGUGAUUAGGAAAAAUAUCCGGCUUCUCUGCAGUCGUCCAGCUUUUGUAAACACCGAGAAUAUCAAUCAAAUAACAAAUGAACAACGUUGGAAAUGGCUGACGAGCAGGAGAUCAGACAAUUGGAGCUGCUUUGUAAACAGUUGUAUGAGUCUCAGGAUACUGCAGUUAGGGCAGAUGCAGAAAAGGCUCUUGUGGUUUUCCAGGAUGGUCCCGAUGCGCUUACAAAGUGCCAGGUACUUCUCGACAGGGGGGACUCGUGCUAUGCUCAACUACUGGCAGCUACCACCCUCACCAAGCUGGUAUCCAGGAGUGCACAAGGGUUGAGUCUGCAGCAGAGGGUGGAUAUAAGGAACUACGUUUUAAAUUAUUUAGCUACUAGGCCCAAAUUGCCGAAUUUUGUCGUGCAAGCUUUAGUUACGUUGUUUUCUAGGAUUACUAAACUCGGAUGGUUUGAUUCGCAUAAGGAUGAUUUUGUUUUUAGAAAUGUUGUGGCUGAUAUUGGAAAGUUUUUACAAGGUUCUGUGGAGCACUGUAUGAUAGGAGUGCAGCUUUUGUCUCAACUGACAUGUGAAAUGAAUCAAAUCUCAGAAGUGGAAGCGAACCGUUCACUUACUAAACAUCGCAAAAUAGCGUCCUCCUUCAGAGACACCCAGCUUUUCGAAAUUUUUCGACUUUCUUGUACCCUUCUAGGAAACGCCAGAGAAAACUGUAAAAAUUUGAACUUUAACGAUGAGAGUCAACACGGGCUGAUGACGCAACUGUUGCAACUCGCCCAGAAUUGCCUUACUUUUGAUUUUAUCGGUACCUCAACAGACGAGUCCUCCGAUGACCUCUGUACGGUGCAAAUACCCACAAGUUGGCGACCGGCAUUUUUAGAUUUCACCACUUUAAAACUGUUUUUCGACUUGUAUCACUCUCUGCCCAACACAUUGUCAUCACUCGCACUGUCUUGCCUGGUACAAAUAGCGUCCGUGAGAAGGUCGUUAUUCAGUAAUACCGAAAGGGCUAAAUUCUUGACGCAUUUGGUAAACGGGGUGAAGCACAUCUUGCAAAAUCCUCAAGGUUUGAGCGAUUCUGCUAACUACCACGAGUUCUGCAGACUGCUUGCCAGACUCAAGUCCAAUUACCAACUCGGGGAAUUGGUUAUGGUGGAUAACUAUCCCGAAGCUAUACAGCUGAUUGCCAAGUUUACUGUACAAAGUUUACAGAUGUGGCAAUUCGCCCCCAACAGCGUACACUACCUGUUGAGCCUCUGGCAGAAAAUGGUGGCUUCCGUCCCGUACGUCAAAGCCACAGAACCGCACUUACUAGAAACCUACACUCCCGAAGUAACCAACGCUUACAUAACCUCACGUCUGGAGUCCGUAGCGGUGGUCGUGAGGGACGGAUUGGAGGAUCCCCUCGACGACCUAGGCAUGGUCCAGCAGCAGCUGGAGCAGCUGUCGGUGAUCGGAAGGUGCGAGUACCAGAAGACCUGUACUCUCCUGGUACAGUUGUUCGACCAAGCGGCUAGGAGUUACUCGGAACUCCUGGCCAGCCCCAGCAACCAGAUAGAAAUUACCAUACAAGAAGGUCAACUGACGUGGCUGGUAUAUAUAAUAGGGUCUGCGAUCGGCGGUAGGGUGUCGUUCAACAGUAACGAGGAGCACGACACGAUGGACGGAGAGUUGGUGUGCAGGGUGUUGCAGCUGAUGAACCUGACGGAUUCCAGGCUGGCGCAGGGGGGCUGUGAGAAACUAGAGUUAGCUAUGUUGAGUUUUUUCGAGCAAUUUAGGAAGAUAUACGUGGGGGAUCAGGUGCAGAAGAACUCGAAGGUGUACAGGAGGCUGUCGGAGGUGCUGGGGCUCAACGACGAGCCGACGGUGUUGAGCGUCUUUAUUAGGAAGAUUAUAACGAAUCUAAAAUACUGGGGCAGGAGCGAGCAGAUCAUCAGCAAGACCCUGCAGCUCCUCAACGACCUGUCCGUCGGAUACAGCUGCGUCAGGAAGUUGGUGAAGCUGGACGAGGUCCAGUUCAUGCUGAACAACCACACCAGUGAACAUUUCCCGUUUCUGGGAAAUUCCGUGGCCAUAACAGAGAUGCGGUGCCGUUCCAUGUUCUACACAUCACUCGGGAGGCUGUUGAUGGUGGACCUGGGGGAGGACGAGGACAGGUUUCACACUUUCAUGCUGCCGUUGACGGCUUCCUUCGAAAGCAUAGGAACGUUGCUAGCUUCGGCCGACACUCCAUUAUUUGCAGCCGACGAGGCUAAAAAGGCUCUGAUCGGGCUUGCGAGGGACCUACGGGGUCUAGCGUUUUCAUUCAAUACCAAAACGUCGUACAUGAUGCUUUUCGACUGGAUAUAUCCAAAUUACACCCCGAUACUACUUAGAGCCAUAGAGCUGUGGUACCAUGACCCGCAGGUGACGACGCCCGUGCUGAAACUGUUCGCCGAACUAGUACAAAAUAGAUCACAAAGGCUGCAAUUCGACGUUUCCUCUCCGAACGGUAUAUUAUUAUUUAGGGAAGCUAGUAAAAUAAUUUGUAGUUACGGUAGUAGAAUAUUGAACGUAGAAGUACCAAAAGAGCAGACCUACCCCCUGAAGCUGAAGGGCAUCUCUAUAUGCUUUUCCAUGCUGAAAGCGGCGCUGUGCGGCAGCUACGUCAACUUCGGAGUUUUCCGACUGUACGGCGACGAAGCGCUGGACAAUGCCUUGAAUAUUUUUGUAAAGUUGUUGCUGUCCAUCCCGCAGUCGGACCUACUGGACUACCCUAAGCUGUCGCAGAUCUACUACGUCCUGUUGGAGUGCCUGGCUCAGGACCACAUGAGUUUCCUGUCGACGCUAGAGCCGCACGUGUUCCUCUACAUCCUCUCGUCGAUAUCCGAAGGACUAACCGCUUUAGGUGGGAACCUAAAUCAUUUUACAGAUACGAUGGUGUGCACGGGUUGUUGCGCCACUCUGGACCACAUAGUCACUUACCUGUUCAAGCAGCUGACGCAAAAAGUCUAUCCAGGCAAGGAGGCGCGGGUGGGCAUGGCGCCGAGCAGCGACAUGUUCCUCAAGGUGCUGGAGAUGCACCCGGAGAUCCUCCAGCAGAUCCUCAGCACCGUCCUGAACGUGAUAAUGUUCGAGGACUGCAGGAACCAGUGGUCGAUGUCGCGGCCCCUCCUCGGGUUGAUCCUCCUCAACGAGGAGUACUUCAAUCAGAUGAGGGAGAACAUCAUCAGGAGUCAGCCGCCCGACAAGCAGGCGGCCAUGGCGCAGUGGUUCGAGAACCUCAUGGACGGCAUCGAGCGGAAUUUACUCACCAAAAAUAGGGACAGGUUUACGCAGAACCUGUCGAUGUUUAGGAGAGACAUAAACGAUUCCCUGAAAGGGCCCAAUGUAAAUACUUCGUCUGUUAGUGAUAUGAUGACUUCAUAGUGAUUCGUAGAGCAGAAAUUAUGUGAGGUUAAGUGCUGUUGUAUGUAUUGUGAAAUAUAAAAAUUUGAUUGUUAUUUAGGUACACUCUGCAUUUAUUUUAAUUGGAAAAUUGUGUUUUUAGCGAAAAUGUGUACUUUUUGCUGAUUGUGUGUACUGCAAGACUCGGAACGUUUGUUUUUUUUAUAAGUUAUUGAGGAAAUAAAUGCAUUGAUUAUCUAUGUACAUUGUUUAGAAGUGCUGGUCAAUUAUAAAUUCAGCCCGUCUGAUUUAUACACUUGGAGAAUUGAGUAAGUCUGAAAGGGACACGUAAUUAUUAAAAUUAAAUAAAUGCAAUUUAAUAAG